UAUGUAUUUCCAAUUUAUUUAUUUUAGAGAAUACAAAAAUGGACACAUCAUCGGAUGGGAGUAAAGUACAUGAUCCUGUACUGCCGAUGUAUGUACAAAUGAAUGGGCGCAUAUUAGAAGAAGACGAUCAAUGGAAAGCUCUUUCAAGAUGGGUGAAAUUUCAGGAGGACUUAGAGGACGGAGGUCAACGCUGGAGUAAACCAUAUGUUCCUUCAUGUACAUUCUCUGUAAUGCUUGAACUGAAAGAACUGUUUGAGUCUUCAACUGUACUUCUUGGUUCAAAUAAACAAACUCUUCAAACUAUUCUAGAUUUAAAAACUAAAUCUAAGCUCAAGAAGGGUAUGGUAGGCCAAGGAGAGGAUGAGAUUGAGGGGGUGGAGGAGGAGGAGAAAAAUGAAGAAGAUGAUUUCAGGAGAGAUCGGCAUAGGGCUGAUACUUUGAAGUACAGAGAGUACAACCAGUUUGGUAGGAAAGUACCCAAAAAUGCAGAAGUUGCAAAUAUUCAGGUGGGAACUUGUGAUUUUCUAGAUGAGAUUGUGUUUGGGUUUAUCAGACUUGACGCUCCAGUUGUUUUAGAGGAUCUCAGUGCUCUACAGAAACCAACAAGGUUCCUUGUUCAAAUCCUAGGACCUGAAGGUUCUGCUGCUCAGUGUUUAGAAUUAGGUAGAGCUGUUGGAACCAUAUUCACAGAUGAGAUAUUUACUGGGCAGUAUGCUUAUAAGAGUUUAAGCACUAAACAGCUGGUGAAAGGAUUGGAGUUGUAUAUGAAGGAGCUGACUGUUUUGCCUCCAAACUGCUGGGAUCCAAAAAUUCGUUUACUCCCUCCUACAUCACCUACAACUGUUAAAAACAGACUUAUCAGCAGAGCACUCAUUCGACAGAGAUCAACCUUACAGGAAGACGACGAUAUUGAAGACGACUUUACCCACAAAGUAGAAGGUGAAAAAGGAAAACAAAACGACGGCGAUGGACUCAAGUUUACAGGUCGUCUUUUUGGAGGUUUAAUAGAAGAUGUAAAAAGAAAGAUUCCCUGGUACAAAUCUGACUUUACUGAUGCUUUCCAUGUACAGACUUUGGCCUCCAUCAUUUAUAUCUAUUUGGCCACCAUCACAAAAGCGAUAACUUUUGGAGGAUUUUUGAGCGAUAUUACAGAAGGACGUCAGGGUGUCCUUGAAUCCUUCCUUGGGCAUGCUCUAGCUGGUGGGGUCUUCUGUCUUCUUGGUGGUCAACCUCUUACUGUUCUUGGUUGCACAGGACCAGUGCUGAUAUUUGAAAAGAUUUUGGUCGAGUUUUGUAGUUCAUAUGAGCUUGAAUACCUAACUAUUCGGCUGUGGAUUGGGCUUUGGUCUGCUCUUUUCUGCUUAGUAAUAGUAGCAACUGAUUCAUCAGCAAUAGUAAGGUAUUUUACGAGAUUUACAGAGGAGUCAUUUGCAGCUCUUGUUGGGGUCAUCUUUAUCGUUGAAUCUUUAAAGAAGGUUUACAAAAUGGGAAAAAAGUAUAAAGUUCAUCGUGGUUAUGAUCCCAAUGAACUAUUUGAUGAAUCUUGCAAAUGUAUUUCAAGUCAACCACAGAAUGUCAGCAAUGUUAGGAAUAUAACUGAAAUUGAUUGGAAUAAUUUAACUGUAUCUCAGUGUAAAAAGUAUGGAGGAGAACUAGUUGGAUCCUCCUGUGCAUAUGUUCCUGAUGUUUUCCUUUUUUCCGUUAUACUCUUUGCUGGAACAUAUAUCCUGUGUUCCUCUAUGAAAAAGUUCAAAUUCUCAACUUUGUUUCCAACAAUGGUUCGUUCCCUUAUAAGUGAUUAUGCAGUGAUUCUUACAAUUUUAAUUUUUGUUGGAGUGGAUUCAUGGUUUGACCUUGCUACUCCUAAGCUCAUCGUUCCUACUUUAUUCAAGCCAACAAGAUCUGAUAUCAGAGGCUGGAUAAUACCUUUCAUGGAUCCUAAUUCUCCUUGGUAUAUAUAUCUCGGAGCAAGCGUCCCUGCGUUGCUACUAACUAUCUUACUCUUUAUGGAUCAGCAAAUUACUUCUGUUAUAGUCAACAGGAAAGAGCAUAAGCUUAAGAAAGGAGCAGGUUACCACCUGGACAUGCUAAUUGUUGGUGUAAUGAUGGCAGUUUGCUCAGUACUGGGUCUACCAUGGUGUGUAGCGGCAACUGUGCUUUGCUUAGGCCACGUGGACAGUUUAAAGAUGGAUACUGAAUCAAGCGCACCGGGAGAAACUCCGCAAUUUCUUGGAAUAAGAGAACAAAGGGUUACUGGUUGCAUGGUCUUCAUACUAACAGGAUUAUCGGUUAAAUUAGCGCCAAUACUCAAGUUCAUACCGAUGCCAGUAUUAUAUGGUGUUCUCUUGUACAUGGGGGUAAACACUCUUCAUGGAAUGCAGUUUGUUGACCGUCUGUUUCUGCUUGUAAUGCCUGCCAAGCAUCAACCUGAUUACCUCUACCUGCGUCAUGUACCACUGAAAAAGGUUCAUUUGUUCACUUUGAUUCAAGUAUUUGCACUUGCAGCUCUUUGGGUCAUCAAAUCCACUCCAGCUUCCCUUAUCUUUCCAUUACUGGUGCUAGCUUUAGUUGGAUUCAGGAAAGCUAUGGAUUUCUUUCCAAGAAUAUUCAGUCAAAAGGAACUUUUCUGGUUAGACAACUUGAUGCCCCAGUCAGAAGGGAAUAAAAAGAAAAAGAAAAAUAUGAAAAAGAAGAAACAUAAAGAAGAAGAAAACUCAGAUUUCAAAACAAAUUGUAGAAAAGAGGAACUGAUGGGACUAACUGGAAAAACGUCAGAUGUUUAAAAUUUCUUCAAGAAGUUUUAAACGAAAACAUGUGUGAUGUAAUUGAUUUUUAAUGUAUAA